AUGGGUGCCCAACACAUAUUUGAACAGCAGUUCGAGUGCUACCAGAAUGACAAUACAGCAACAAAUUUUUUGAUGAGCUGUAUGUCCCGUGCCUUCGGUCUGCUAAUGGAUAGCAUAUGUCUACUCUAUAUCAGUGCUGUUGUGGUUUAUAUAAUGUUUCUGUCGGACAGUAGUAUGACUGGCGGUAACGCUGGACUACUAUUGACAGCCUCGCUGGCUAUGAUCGGUACUACACAACGUUGUGUCAAAUGUUCAGCCGAUGUCGAAACAUUGAUGACAGCCGUGGAACGGGUGCUCGACUACACCCGUAUCGAUCCGGAAGCCGAACUCGAGUCCACACCCGAUAGAAAACCAUCAGUUAAUUGGCCACAAAAAGGCCGAAUCGAGUUCAUUGAAAUGAGUCUACAGUAUCCAGAAUCGCCGGCACCGGUACUUAGAGAUAUAAAUUUUCUAGUAAACAGCGGCGAAAAAAUCGGUAUUAUCGGACGUACCGGUGCCGGCAAAUCGUCAAUAAUAGCCGGUCUGUUCCGAUUGACUGAACCAAACGGCGGACAGAUUCUGAUCGAUGGCAUCGAUAUCCAGUCGAUUGGUUUACACGAUCUGAGACGUCAGAUAUCGAUUAUACCUCAGGAACCGGUUCUGUUUACGGGUUCGGUUCGCAAAAAUUUGGAUCUGUUUGAUGGACAGUCGGACGAAAAAUUAUGGUCAGCAUUAGAUGAGGUACAACUAUGUGAGGCAAUUAGUCAAUUGCCCGGUAUGUUGGACGCUAUGAUCAGCAAAGGUGGCAGUAAUUUUAGUGUCGGUCAACGCCAACUGGUAUGUCUGGCCAGAGCUAUAUUGCGUAACAAUAGGAUACUGGUGUUGGACGAGGCAACAGCUAAUGUUGACCAUCAAACCGAUGCACUGAUUCAGCGGACAAUACGCAAAAAGUUUUGCAACUGUACUGUCAUUACGAUUGCUCACCGAUUGAACACAAUUAUAGACUCGGAUAAAGUGCUGGUUUUAGACGCUGGAAAAGUGAUUGAAUACGGAAUCCCUUACAUACUGUUGAAGUCCGGCAACGGUCUGUUCAGACAACUGGUCAGUCAAACGGGCAAUCGUAUGGCCAGUCGGUUGCAUAAAAUGGCAAAACAUUACUAUUCAGAUAAAUUUAACGUACAAUUCAAUGAAUUAGAUUCGGAAAGUGAUUAA